CUUAUGUCGAUAUUUCAUCGGAGUUAAGGAAGAUGUCCGCUGGUUAUAAUGACCGACCAGUCCUAAAUCAACCUUUAUACGUUCAAUUAAAUGUCGAAUCCAAGUGAAGACAGGUUUUUUUAAAAUGCUAACCACAUUCUGGGAUCAUUUUAUUUACAUGAAUGCGGAUUGAUAUGUUGAAGCGGAAGCUUAAGUCUUUCUUCAUGUAGACAGACAUCCCCUAUACCCGGUUCCUCAUGACAUGCUAAAAGUCUACAGUCAGACUGUCUGACUUGUAAAACAAACAUGGACUACAGAAGAUUUCUGAACGACAUUGGGAUGCGGAGACAAUCUGGAUCUUAUUUGACGGGUCUUCUGGAAAGCGUUCAAGAUAUCCCUGAUAUGAUAUCACUAGCUGGAGGCCUGCCCAACCCUUCCUUGUUUCCCAUCCUGUCUGGAACUUUUAAACUGAAAGAUGGCGAGGAGGUUUACUUGGACGAAUCUACAAUGGCGGAGGUCCAGCAAUACAGCAGCUCUCAAGGCUACCCUCCAUUCCGUCAAUGGUGUGAACGUUUUAUCAAAUCCUACCAUGAUCCACCCUGCUGGGAAAAUGCAGAUGAAUCCAAAACUAAAAUAAUGGUGACAAGCGGUGCCGCACAGGCGUAUACUAAAGUCCUUGAAAUGUGCGUCAAAGAGGGCGACAAGGUCCUGGUAGAAAUUCCGACGUUCUCCAGCGCCAUAGAUAAUCUCCUCACGCUCGGUGCUGAACCGCUAGGGGUUCAAGGAGACGCCCAGGGCAUGAUUCCCGGCGAGCUGCGAAGUGUCAUGUCAAAAUGGAGACCCCAGGACGCAGACGAUCCUCAUUCUGACGUCCCUAAACUGAUGUACGUCAUUCCUUCCAGCAAUACCCCUUCUGGCGCCACAUUGCCCCUCGAGAGAAAACGAGAAAUCUACGAGAUUGCUCGAGAGUACAACCUUCUCAUUAUUGAAGAUGAUCCGUACUAUUUUCUUCAGUUUGGAGGCCGUCUGGAGCCAAGUUUUCUUUCCAUCGAUACAGAUGGUAGGGUGCUGAGGGCCGAUUCCUUUUCAACAUGUAUGACGCCCGGAUUACGUCUCGGCAUCCUAAGCGGCCCCGCUCUACUGGUUUCAAAGGUUCAAUCCCACGUGAGUUUCUCGCAGGAACACAGCAACAACCUCGCUCAGGCGGUGCUUCACAAAAUCUUUGAGGCUUGGGGAGAGCAGGGGACGAAGAAGCGAUGGCGGGAGAUCUCCGCAUUCUACGAACGCCAGAAAAACGCCAUGAUGUCGUCUGCAAAGAGGUGGUUGACUGGUUUGGCGGAGUUCGUGGAGCCUCAAGGAGGAAUGUUCUUAUGGAUAAGGCUGACGACAAUCCCUGACAGCAGAAAGCUGAUAGAAGAGAAAUCACUGUCUCACAAGAUUGCUAUGGCUCCUGGAUGCAUAUUUACACCCAAUCGUGACGAUCCGAGUCCUUAUCUGCGGGCUAACUAUUCGACCAUUCCUAUUGGUCAGAUUGAUGUUGCCAUGCAACGGUUGGCGGAAAUGAUCAAAGAAAAAAUGGCUAGUAACCCUGAGGCCUUCAGAGUUUCUAAGUUUUAAUUUUGUUCCUGGUAUCAAAACCUUGUUUGGUGCUAAAGAAGCUGACUGUAACUGAUAGACCCACAGCGUUGCAUUUCAUACUCAGCUAAUGUGUGAUUGACAUAUACAUCAUAUACCCCCACCUUUAAUAAAUACAUCUUUCUUUUCAGUUAAUUUUCAUUGUGUUAUUAUAAUAUAUUAGCCUUAUCCAUGACAAAUAUCCCGGUGACUCUCUUUGCCACAAACAGUUUUCAUGUAAUUAUUAAACAGAGCAAAAAAUGUCUCUAUUUCUGUAGAAUUAUAAAUGUACAGGUUUGGUCGUUUCUCUCCAGUCUGUGGAGUUUUAGAGUCAGAAGAUACAUGUAUAACACGGUUGACCCACGGUGACAGUUUGUCAUUGUAUUAUAAUGUUACAGCAGCCAGUCUUUAAAUGCUAUCUUUCCUAUACGGCCGUUAAACUGUGCCCCUGCAUGGCAAAGCAAUAUUCGUAAUAAGUGAAUAAAAAGCAAAAACGUGACACAAAAAAGAAGACACUUUUCGCUGAAACGAUGCCAAUUUUUAUGUGAGUGACAAUGCAUUUCUUACACGAAUCAAUUGAGAAAAAUACAAACGUCAAUUUAUUGUCUAGAUCACUUUGUAAAAAAAUA